AUGAAACGCGAGUCUGCCACUGAAUUACACUCAUUAAUUGAACGCUUUGAGGCUAACGUUAGAAUUUUAAAGCAAUUGGGGGAACAUACCGAGCAUUGGGACGCAUUACGAAUUCAUCUGCUCAGCGCACGUCUGGACCCAGUUACCAAGCGGGAUUGGGAGGAACACUCGGAAGCAAACAAAAGCACCAAAUUUCACCAGUUGACUGAAUUCUUGCAAGCUCGAGUUAAUGUCCUGCAGUCGGUCGUUAGCAAAUCAGAACCCCAGUCACAAACUUCGUUUCCGAAAAAAUAUAGUGGGUUGCGAGCAGGAAAUCAUGGCGCGAUACAAAAGGGUCCAAGGGGGUGUCUUGCUUGUUCUGGUCCACAUUCUUUAUAUCAAUGUGAAAGAUUCCCGAAGAUGCCUAUCGAAGCAAAGGAAAACAUAGUUCGCAGCAAACAACUCUGUAGAAACUGUUUGCGACAGGGCCAUAUGGCACGAAAUUGUUCGUCGGAAAGCACCUGCCGUAAUUGUCGGGGUCAUCAUCACACGUUAAUUUGUACCAGUACAAGCCAACAAUCAUUUCAAGGCAAUGUUUUACACACUACUGGUUCACUGUCUCGUCCGCGUAAUCCAUCUAGCCAACGUAACGAAGAGCAUGUGUCAUCAGCGUCUGCGGUACAGCCUGGUACAACGAACAGUAGUAUCCAAGAGGCAUCUAGAAACAAAAUUCUUCUAGCUACAGCUGUUAUUCUACUAGUCGACGGCAGCGGAGGUGAAUAUCCAGUUCGAGCGUUAUUGGACUCAGGAAGCGAGUGCAGUUUCAUCACUGAAAGGGCAACCCAACGCAUGAGCAUUCGCCGCGAAAGGGUUAGCAUUGCAAUUGCGGGUAUUGGACAAUCCUCUACGCGAGUUCUGCAUAAGAUCCGUUCCACAAUAAAAUCAGGUAUAACGGAUUUCGCCACCGCAAUCGAACUACUCGUUCUCCCAAAAGUCACUGUGGAUUUACCGUCCAUGUCAGUUGAUGUGACGUCAUGGUCCCUUCCAACGAGAAUACAGUUAGCCGAUCCAUCCUUUUAUGAUCCCGGCUCCAUCGAUGUAGUACUCGGAGCAGAAGUGUUUUUUGACCUAUUCAAGGCUUCAGGUCGAAUUUCACUCGGAGAUACUCUGCCUACGCUUGUUAAUUCGGUUUUCGGAUGGAUCGUGUCCGGAAAAGUAAGCGAAGGCGCUCCUCGAAGUGCGUUUGUUUGUAACGUUGCAAGUACGGCGGAUCUGCAUAACGAUAUGGAACGUUUUUGGGCAAUUGAAGACGAACCAACUACAGCGUACUCUCCAGAAGAGGCACUCUGUGAGAAAAUUUUCUCCGAAACCGUCACUCGGGACUCUGACGGUCGCUAUGUUGUACGAUUACCACUAAAAAGAGAUCUAUUGGACAAUUUGGGCGAUAAUAGGCGUUCCGCCCUACAUCGCUAUCGACUUAUCGAAAAUCGUCAAGGUCGUGAUCCCGGUUUAGCGACGGAGUAUAGAAAAUUCAUGGACGAGUAUUUUCAGCUUGGCCACAUGGAGAGAAUCGAUGAAAACAACGCCUCCUCUUAA